UGCUCUGCUCUGCUCUGCUUUUACUCUCUCUUCAUUUAAACCCCACUCACACCGUGAAAUGCACGCGAGCGCCCUCUUUCCCUUUCCUCACCAACCGGAGUGUGAAUUGAGCUCGGUGAUUCCUGUCUCUUGCUUCUGCGUCUUCAUCAAGAAAGAGAGAUGGUGGGACCGGUAAGACCUCAAUUCGUUCUCUUCGGCUCCUCCAUCGUCCAGCUCAGCUUCAGCAAUGGUGGUUGGGGCGCUAUUCUAUCCGAUAUUUACGCUCGCAAAGCAGAUGUAAUCUUGCGAGGAUACUAUGGCUGGAACUCGACACGCGCUGUACAGUUCCUCAAUGAAGUUUUCCCGAAGGAUGCAGCCAUACAGCCUUCUUUGGUGAUUGUCUAUUUUGGUGGUAAUGAUUCAAUGGGUGCUCACCCAUCUGGCCUCGGCCCCCAUGUACCACUUCCAGAAUAUAUUGAGAAUAUGCGAAAGAUUAUAGUUCAUCUGAAGAGUCUCUCGGAUUCAAUACGGAUUAUUGCUCUUACUUGUCCUCCUGUGGAUGAGGACAGAAUUCGUGAGACCAGAAGUAAAUUUCUAAGUGAGCUGGUUAGGACAAAUGAGCUAUGUGGAAUGUAUUCAGAAGCUUGUAUAAAGCUCUGCGAGGAACUGGAUGUAAAAGUGGUUGAUCUUUUCACUGCACUUCAAAAAGGAGAUGAUUGGAAGACUUGCUUUACAGAUGGAAUUCAUUUAUCUGCCGAGGGGAGCAAAAUAGUCGUGGAGGAGAUACUAAAAGUGAUAAAAUCCGCAGAGUGGAAGCCAUCUCUUCAUUGGAAGUCUAUGCAGACUGAAUUCUCAGAGGACUCACCUUACGAUCUUGUCGCUGCUGAUGGGAAAACCACGUUGAACCCUUCUGAGUGGACAAUUCACCGUGAGAUCCAAUGGGACUAAGGCUGCUGAAAUACCUGCAACCUGGAGGAGCUCCAUUCAGGAAAUUGAAGAAUGAAAUGCUUUAUGCAUGGCCAUGCUUCAUAAAAAAAAAAAGGGAAAAGAAAAGAAAUUGAAACUAAGACGAUAGAGGUGGACAGACAAAGAAGUGUUGAAAUUCAUAUCUAAACCCUGAAUGGUUUCACAUUACAGUUAUGCUUAUGGGAAAAAGUUUAUGCUUGAA